AUAUUAACAAAAUUAAAAUGUUGUUUCUACCGUUGAGAACUAGUUUUCAACCUAAAAGUGUUCGUCUUAUAUCUCAGUUCAAAAAACCGAUGACAGACUGCGUGCCGAUAAUACCGCCGCGAAAAGUGAGGUCCAGAGAAACAUGUAACCGUAGACAUAAAGGGCUUGUCUUAGGUGUAUAUUUCAAUGAAAACGUCUUGACAGAUCCUGCAAUACUAACUGCAAGCGCACGGAAGUACGACGAGAAAGUUUCUGGAAGGUUGUGGUCUUUAUUGAAGCUCGGUCCCAUACCAAAGCUUGGCGAAGCUAGAGUGUUCUACGACUUAGACCCACAUUAUACUUUUGUCGCAGUCGCUGGUCUUGGAAGUGAAUGCACCACUUACAACAAACUAGAACGACUGGAUGAAACUAAGGAAGCUAUAAGAAUAGCGGCUGGCGUUGGCGCUAUGGCGCUUCAUAAGUUGAAUCCUAAACAAAUAGAUGUGGAGUCCUUUGGAAAUGCUGAGGCCGCUGCUGAAGGGGCAGAACUUUCAGUCUGGCAGUUUAACGAAUACAAGAGUAUUUCUAUAAAUAAAGCAAUUUCACCGAAACCAACUCUUAACCUUUACGAUGAUUGUGACGUAGAUGGGUGGAAAAUCGGAAACUUGAAAGCAGAAGCCCAAAACCUGGCUAGAUACUUACAAGAAUUGCCUGCUAAUAUCUUAAAUCCUACCAAAUUUGCUAAAAUAGCUGUUGACCUUUUAUGUGAGUUGAAUAUAAAUGUAGAGGUAAGAACGAAGGGGUGGGCAGCUAAUCACGGAAUGGGUGGAUUUAUAUCAGUUGGGAAAUCGUCAGUACAACCCCCGCUGUAUUUAGAAAUCAGCUAUUACGGAGCUAAUGAACGCACUCGCCCCGUGGUAAUGAUCGGUAAAGGUGUUACGUUUGAUAGUGGAAGUUUAGACUUGAAAUCUUGUAAACAAUUAAAGUACAUGAAAGGCGACAUGGCUGGAGCAGCUUGUGUGUUGGCUAUCACGAGAGCUGCAGCGAAAUUAAAACUCCCCGUUAACAUCAAAGGUAUUCUACCGCUCUGCGAACUAAUGCCAAACGGAAAUAGUCCGAAAUUCGGAGAUCUCAUUUGUAGUUCAAACAAUAAAUCUAUUCUAAUAAGAAUGCCAUCUCGAGAAGGACGUUUGCUCCUUGCAGACAGUUUGAUAUAUGCUCGAAACCUCUGGCCCAAGUUUAUUAUAGAUAUAGGCACCAUGUCCAAAGAACUAUUACACUUCCUAGGUGGAGCCGCAAGCGCCUGUUACUCUAACUCUGACGACUUAUACCAUUUUCUGGAAGUUGCCAGUGCUCAGACUGGGGACAGAAUCUGGAGAAUGCCGCUGUGGAAUUUUUAUGCCGACCGAGUGAAGGACUGUGAAGUUGCAGACGUAGCGAAUACAGGACGCGAUAAAUACGGGGACUCUGCAAAUUGUGCCGCCUUCCUCAGGCAGUUUGUACUGGACAGCCAGUGGGUACACCUCGACACGCACAACGUGGCCUAUACGAAGGGAGCUGACACCCCGUACCUGUUGCGUGGCAUGACCGGCCGACCUACCAGGACCGUCAUCGAACUCUUACAUCAGAUGAUAGCAGCCUCUAAAUUAUAAUACGAGUAUUAUUCGCUUGUAGAUAACAGUUUGUGUAGUCAUUCGUGCGUAAGCUAUACAUUUUGAUUUUUAUCAUAUUUGGCAAAUAAUAAAUCCCUUUACA